CCCCUUUGUUGUUGCUUGCUCGUUCGCGUCUUCGCUCCUUCGUCUCGUCUCCGCCUCCUUCUCUUUUUCUCCCCCCCUCCCCUUUCCCCCUCCCCCUUCUCCAGGUUGCGGGUCAGCGCGAGCCACUGCAGCAGUUAAAACCGUCGGGAACCGCCACGAGCCGCUCCGGCCUUGCACCAAAUAACAGCCGAGCGCGAGGUAGAGGCGCGAGGGGAGGCAGGCAGGCAGGCAAGAAAGAGAGCGAGCGAGCGAGGCAAGCGAGGCAGGAAGCAGUCGUGCGCUGCGGUGGCAGCAGCAGUAGCGAGAGAAGACGACGACGACGAAGAGGCGGCUUGGCACUCGGCUGUGGAUUUAGCUGCGGGCAAGCCCUCAACACCCUCCCGCCACCAUGCAGCAACGCCAGGCAGGUCCAACACCAGUACCAGGCAGGUCCAGCAGCAGCAAGCAGCCGCAACAUUCUUCAGGAAACGAAGCAAGCUACCCACUGGAAAUGUGUUCACACUUUGAUGCAGAUGAGAUUAAACGAUUGGGGAAGAGAUUUAAGAAGCUUGAUUUAGAUAACUCUGGUUCUUUAAGUGUGGAAGAAUUUAUGUCUUUGCCUGAAUUACAACAGAAUCCCUUGGUACAACGAGUAAUAGAUAUAUUUGAUACUGAUGGAAAUGGAGAAGUAGACUUCAAAGAAUUUAUAGAAGGAGUCUCCCAGUUCAGUGUCAAAGGUGACAAGGAGCAGAAGUUGAGGUUUGCCUUUCGCAUCUAUGACAUGGACAAAGAUGGUUAUAUUUCCAAUGGGGAGCUUUUCCAGGUUUUGAAAAUGAUGGUUGGGAACAAUCUCAAAGAUACCCAGUUGCAGCAAAUUGUAGACAAAACCAUAAUAAAUGCAGAUAAAGAUGGUGAUGGAAGAAUAUCCUUUGAAGAGUUCUGUGCUGUUGUAGGCGGCCUAGAUAUUCACAAAAAGAUGGUGGUAGAUGUGUGACUCUUUAUGAUACUACCCAACACUUUUGCUUUCUUCUCCAUCUCUGAAGAUCUGCUCAAGACGUCCAGCAAUGCUCUCUGUGUAUUUAAAUGGAAGUAUUUUUCUCUGUGAAACCACAUUUUCCAACAUGAGCCUCAUGAAGCCAACUAAGUGUUGUUGAACUUUCAUUCUCUCAAUAACGCAAGUGUAGCACUUUAAAAGUCUGAAGGACAGCAAAAUGGAAAGAGCAUAUCAGUAUGGUGGAGAAAGGGAAGGGGGUUGGCUUUUUAAUUUAUUUUUCUCAACUUUUAUAACAAGAAAAUAUCUAUCUAUAUAUAUGUGUGUGUGUAUUUAUAUAUAGAUAUAUAUAUGUUGUGCUUUCUAUUUAGUAGUUAGGCAAGCUUUAAUUUAAUAUACUUGAUUUAGGCAUAAAAAUAGAGUACAAAAGUGCCAAGCAGAUUAUUAUAUAGUACAACACAUAUAUACAUCUUUACUUUUAUGUCACACAGAUACACACAUGCAGACAGAUAUACUUUAGAAGAAUAUAAUGUUUUAAUGGAUGUUAAAUCAACUUUUUUCUGUUUCAGAUGUUUAUAUAUUGACUGGCUGAAAUAGCAUCAUUUCCUGUUAAUUUAUCUUAAUUACAUUUUUGUAUGACAGGAAUGUAGAUUAGUUUGUGUAUAUAUGUACACUAUUUAAUAGUAUGUGCAUGUAUAUGUACGUACACAUACUAUUUAUGGGUAUUAAAAUAGUGAGGCAUGUUAUAAAAAUUUAAUUGCCAAGAACUAGAUUGUAUGUGCAAAAAGAUGCUUAUGAUCAUUUCAUUUUUUCACUUAAUGAACACAAUUGCAUAAAAUAAACAUAGUAAACAUUGGCUCUUUCCAUUUAGAUAAAACAGUUGUAAACACACUUGUUUUUCAGUACUAAUCUUAAUAGUUAAGAUUAAUCCUAAAGAAUUUAGGAUUCAUUUCCUAGGAUACCUUCUGCAGUGAGAUUACAAAACCUCUCAUGCCAUUAAAAUAUCUUCCAACUAUAUAGUUUCUCUAAAGCAUUUACUAAUUUAAGUUGCAUAAAACCUGGUAAUAUUUUAUAUAUGUGUAUAUAGGUUUAUUACAGGAGAAAUUAACCUCUGCCAUAGGGAAAGAGGUAAGGUUCACAUUAUCUUUUUUUUUUUAACCUCCUGAUCUUCAGUUGGAGAAUUCUUUUUUCUAAAUUUGUUUUUAUCAUGACUUGUAAUUGACAGUAACUUUAUAUGUGUGAUAUAAAAGUAGCAAGGCAUGUUAUACAACUUUAUAUCAUUCUUUUUCUGCAAUGGUACUAUUGGCUAGAAGAAAAUUGUUAGAAUUUUAGGAUAGCACGCCCUUUCCUCUAGCAAUUUUUCUAUUUGAAAUGUUUUAUAAUUCGCAGUGGAAAGGCAGGUUGUUCAAACUUAAAUCAAUUGCCUCCCAGCCAGCCAUAGCUGUUCCUUCGAUUGAGUGCUGCACAUCAUGGGCUCUGUCUGUGAGAGAGAAAUCCAGGUGCUUGGUGUCCUUGCAUGACAUGAAGUUUUGCAUGUAGAUCGAUUUGAAAUGUUCCUCUUGUUUACAUGAUUUGCAUAAUUUAAAAAAGAUGUUGCCAAACUUUUGGUAAAUGUUAAAACAGAAAAUCUCCACUACAUGUAUCUUUCUUCCUCUGGAUCAGUAUGUGGAUUAUAAUCCCAGCCAGUGGUCGUAUUUGUUCCAUUGUCAACUGCCAUGUGCUCUGCUUCAGGGGGAACUAGUCUUUUGUGAAUUUUUUUGUACAUAAAUAUUUGUUACAAAUAUUUUAGCAAUUGCUUUCUAUUUCUUAAUUGCUUGUGCAUAUCCUUCCUAGCAUAAUAGAAAAUAGUGCUAAUGUUACUUUCGUACUGGGGGAAUGAGCUUUUUUAGGUUGUGUGCAAAAAAAAAAAAAAGGGUUAUGUUGAAUGUUUAGAUUUUUCCUCUGCAUGCUAUACCAUACAUUGUUGGAACUAUAGGAACCUUCAUAAUGUAUGAAUAAAAAUAAACUAUUUGAACUUUAUUGCAUGUGUUAAAGCUUCAGUUGAAAAAAAAAAUAUUCUGAAUUUCAGAUCUGAUUGUACUAAAAUUAUUUGAUGCUUUUAUGUAUAAUUAAAUACCUGUAACAAUA